AGCCCUGGGGCUCCGGCCAUGAAGUCUCGGCAGAAAGGAAAGAAGAAGGGCAGCUCCAAGGAACGAGUGUUUGGGUGUGACCUACAGGAGCACUUGCAGCACUCAGGCCUAGAGGUGCCUCAGGUGCUAAGAAGCUGUGCAGAGUUUGUGGAAGAGUAUGGAGUGGUAGAUGGGAUCUAUCGCCUCUCAGGGGUCUCCUCCAACAUCCAGAAGCUCCGGCAGGAGUUUGAGGCAGAGCGGAAGCCAGACCUGCGGCGGGAUGUUUACCUCCAGGACAUUCAUUGUGUCUCCUCCUUGUGCAAGGCCUAUUUCAGAGAACUUCCAGACCCCCUGCUCACUUACCGGCUCUAUGACAAGUUUGCUGAGGCCGUGGCAGUGCAGAUGGAGCCUGAGCGCUUGGUCAAGAUCUUAGAGGUGCUUCGAGAGCUCCCUAUUCCAAACUACAGGACCCUGGAGUUCCUCAUGAGACACUUGGUGCAUAUGGCCUCAUUCAGCGGUCAGACCAACAUGCACGCCCGCAACCUGGCCAUUGUAUGGGCCCCCAAUCUGCUCAGAUCGAAGGACAUAGAGGCCUCGGGCUUCAAUGGGACAGCCGCCUUCAUGGAAGUGCGUGUGCAGUCCAUCGUCGUGGAGUUCAUCCUCACACAUGUGGAGCAGCUCUUCGGGGGUGCUGCCCUCCCUGGUGGUGAAGUGGAGGGUGGAUGGCGCUCGCUUCCAGGGGUCCGGGCAUCGAACAGCCCUGAGGACUUUAUGCCCAGGUGCCUGCCCUACCACUUGCCUAGCAUCUUACAGGCUGGUGACGGCCCUCCACAGAUCCGACCCUACCACACGAUCAUUGAGAUUGCUGAGCACAAGAGGAAGGGGUCUUUGAAGGUCAGGAAAUGGAGAUCCAUCUUCAAUCUGGGUCGUUCUGGCCAUGAGACAAAGCGUAAACUUCCACGAGGGGGUGAGGACAGGGAGGACAAGUCUGAUAAGGGGACAUUACGGCCAGCCAAGAGCAUGGACUCACUGAGUGCUGCGACUGGACUCAUUGAUGAGUCAGAGGGAAUGAUGAGACCCAGCAGUCCCCGGCCAAGCCCACUACUGCCUGGGAACUUGGAAACCAAUUCUGUGGAGGCAGCAGAGGGCGAUCAAGAGCCUGAGGAGGAGACACUGGGUGGCACGAACUCUGAGCCAGGCACCCCACGAGUUGGGCGGUCAACAGCCCGGGCUGGUGGCACCAGCCGUGCAGAACGCUGUGCUGGUGUCCACAUCUCAGACCCCUACAAUGUCAAUCUCCCCCUACACAUCACCUCUAUCCUCAACGUACCCCCAAACAUCAUCUCUAAUGUGUCCUUGGCCAGGCUCACCCGUGGCCUUGAAUGCCCUGCCCUACAACACCGGCCAAGUCCUUCCUCUGGCCCUGGCCCCAGCCUCCCAGGUGAGGAGCCAGGGACUGCCCAGCACUAUGAGAAGUCGGAGGCAAGUCCAGCACUAAGUCCCUUAACUGAAUCAGGCCCAGAGGAUGUGCCCCAUGCCCUGGAAGAUUCUCUGUCCCAAGAGGUGCAAGAUUCCUUUUCCUUCCUAGAGGAUUCAAGCAGCUCAGAGCCUGAGGGGGCAGAAGAUGGGGAGGUGACUGAGGCAGGAGCGGCAGCCUUCUCCCCUGGGGAGGAUGACCCUGGGAUGGGCUACCUGGAGGAACUCCUGAGAGCUGGGCCUCAGGUAGAGGAGUUCUCUGUGGAGCCACCCCUAGAUGAUCUCUCUCUGGAUGAGGCACAGUUUGUCCUGGCUCCCAGCUGCUGCUCCAUGGACUUUGCUGGCCCCAGGCCUGAAGCAGAGGAAGAAAGUGGGGAGGAAGUCUUCCUAAGUGCCUUUGAUGACCUAAGUCCCCUUCUGGAGCCCAAACCCCCAACCUGGGAAGGUCUAGGGAGUCUGGAGAAAGAGGCAUCAGGGCAGGUUGAGGGAGAACAGGCAUGUUGGGAAGUUGGGGAAAACAAGGAGGCUGAAUCUGGAAACAAAUGGGACAUCAGGGAGGAGGCCGAGGGGAGUCCAGAAACUAAUGCAAACAUUGGAGAGUCGGCUGAGGAAGGAGUAGAAGCUGAAGGAGGCCAAGAUAUGAUGGUCAGUUUGAGAGAACAGGGUAGGGAAGAGAAUGAGCCCACACAAGAGAAAUCCAAAUGUCUGAGUGAAGCUGAGAGUAUGGAAGAGGUACAGGGUGUGACAGAAACAGGAGGAGAGCAGAAUAAAGACAAAGAGAAGGAAAGAAAGGAAGAUGCUGAGGGUGGGGAAGAGACCCAGGUAGAAAUUGGAAAGGACGCAGAGUAUGGGACUAGUGAACACCAAGAUGCUGAGGAGAGCUGGGAAAUUGUAUAUAAACAAGAGGCUGAGGGAGACAGAGAAGACGAUGUCAAAGUACAGGAGGCAAGAGAAGACCAAGAAAAUGGUGAAGACAACAGAAUCCCAGAAGCCGCAGUUGCAGGAGGAGCACGGGAAGUCAGCAAGGAACGAGAGAGUGGGGAUGGAGAGGCUGAGGGAGACCAGAGAGAUGGAGAUGAUCAUUUUGAAGAGGGCUCCCUUCCUGAAGGGUCAGGUGGCGAGUCCCUGGAGACUGACAGUGCCAAAGAAGGCAAUGCCCAGUCCUCUGAGGGGGAACAGGCAACCUCACAGCCACUGAGGCCAGAGGAGACAGAGCCUGAGAGACAAUUCAAUGCCGAGGGCUGUGAUCAGUGCCCCUGUCCCUCUAGCUUAGCUGGCUGUGGUGUGGGCAUGCGAUUGGCUUCCACCCUGGUUCAGGUUCAACAGGUCCGCUCUGUGCCUGUGGUGCCCCCCAAGCCACAAUUUGCCAAGAUGCCCAGUUCACUGUGUAGCAAGAUCCAUGUGGCACCUGCAAACCCAUGUCCAAGGCCUGGCCGGCUUGAUGGGACUCCUGGGGAAAGGGCUUGGGUGUCCCGAGCCUCCCGCUCCUCCUGGAGGAAUGGGGGUAGUCUUUCCUUUGAUGCUGCUGUGGCCCUUGCCCGGGAACGCCAGAGGACUGAGGCUCAGGGAGUUCGAAGGACCCAGACUUGUACUGGAGGUGAGGACUAUAGCCUCAUCCCAAGAACCAGCCCUUGUAGCAUGAUCCCUGCCCAUUCUCAUCGGCCCCUUAGCUUCCUGGAGCACCCAUCCGAAGGCACGGAAGGAUCUGGAACCCGGAGUCGCCUCAGUCUGCCUUCCAGAGAACUCCAGCCCCCUGAGCCCCUUACGCCCCCCCAACGCCGAUCGUAUGCAUUUGAAACACAGGUGAAUCCUAGGAAAGGCAGUUUCGACUUCGUCGUCAUUCCAGCAGGCGGCAGGAAAUUGUAUCUUUCCGGCCCAGCCACAUCCCAGACACCACCCAAUCCUGCAGCCCUGACCAAGGGAGCUAACGGAAGUGGGGUGGAUCACGGUCGCUCGCUCUCUGCCCCCGAGCGGCGCACGCCCCCGCCCUCCUGCAAUGCCGGACCGCGGGCCUCUGUCGGGGGCGCCGAGCGGCCGUGUCUCGGGCGGGGACGGCUGGGCCCGCGGAGCCCCAGCGCUUUUCCCUACCUCCUGUGCGGAGCCGCCGGAGCGCGGGGUGUGCGCGAGGGGCCUGGCGGGUCACGGCCUGGGGGCUGGUACUCGCGCUUGUCGGGCGCUCAGUCCUGGCUGGUCGGCCUUCAAGAUUUCACCCCGCAGCCUGAUCCCGUUGCCCGGCGUCGGCCCCGGCUGACAGCUGCGGAUGAUAGGGAUGCUUGCGCCCUGCCCUCUCUUUCAUUGCUACUAAAGCGCCGCAAGGCUGGGAGGGCCACCUCCUCCGCAGAGGCAGGUGGUCCCUAA